CGCCGCAGAGGGGCUUUGGACCGAAAGAGUGAGGCGCGUAAGCAGCACGGCGACCCAUUUGCGGUUCAUGGCGUUUUUAUAGUCGAAAAAGUUCAUAAUUGUUCACUUUAUUGUGUCGAUAAUAUUAUUCUCUGAUGGAGGAGGUAGACGUUGAGCCGACUAUUACUAAUAUCCCUGCAAUCAGAGAUGGAAAGCACAUGGGAUUUGCAUGGGGUCCCGGUGAUAUUCUUGUAUAUGAGACACUAUACAAAGCAUCAGGUGCUUCAGGGUCAGGUUGCUCUUUCAUCCAUGAGAUCAGGAAAGAUGAGGACAUAUAUUCCCCCAUUUUACGCAAGCUUUUUAAUGAGUCACAUCACAUCUUUGUCGGCCUGCAGACGAUUAGGGAGGACCUCCCUAGCAAGAGUAAAAAACCCCAAUUUGUCAGCAUCAGCAAAAAUUAUAGAUCUGUGAUCCGAGCUUGUAUGGAAGAACUUCAGCAAGUUGCAGUUUCUACAAGCGAGAGAGAGCUGGCCAGGCAGUAUGGAAAUCAGGUGUCCAUUCUUUUGGCAAUAGAAAUGAUCUGGAAUCUGUGUGAAGUCCUUUUCAUCGAAGCUGCUCCAGCGGGCUCCCUGUUGCUCCACCUGCUGGACUGGGUAAGGUUACAUAAGGCUGAUGUAGAUGAGAGGGCCAGAGAGGUGCUCCAAAGUGAGAGCCCUGCUGAGCACCAUGACUACUGGGACGUGGUGGUGAGUUAUGUACUGCAGGGCAGGUUGGAAGAAGCCAGACAGAUGCUGGUGAAACAGGCCACCUUACAGCCUGCUGCCAGGAGCAUGUACAAGCAGAUGGAUACCUUGCUCAGCAAGAUGCCCUUCUACAAUCCUGGUGGCACUCAGACGCUCACUGAGUUUGAUGUGAAGUGGAGGCACUGGCACGAGGAGGUGGACCGCUCCCUGCAGGACAACUCAUUUGCCAGCAACCGACAUCUGGAGCUCAUCUGUAAGAUCCUUCUGGGGGAUGAAGACACUUUGCUGGAGCACAAGGAACUGCUGGGCACCUGGUAUCACUUCCUCGUCACUCGACUUCUCUUCUGCCACCCCACAGUGAAACCCACAGAGUUGCAUUAUUAUGCUCAGUCAUGCAUGACAAUGUUUCUGGACUCGAGGAGCGUCCCAGAGCCCCUGGACAGCAUCUUACUUGCUGCAUUUGAGUUUGACAUCCAUCAGGUCAUCAAGGACUGCAGCAUUGCUCUCAACAACUGGUGGUUUGUGGCCCAUUUGACAGAUUUAUUGGAUCAUUGCAAACUCCUCCAGUCUCACAAUCUACACUUUGGCUCUAACUUGAGAGAGUUUCUCCUGUUGGAAUAUGCUUCUGGUCUCUUCACUCAUCACAGCCUUUGGCAGUUGGCUGUGGAUUACUUUGAUCACUGUCCAGAGUUUGGCCGUGUCUACCUGGAGCUUCAGAUAGAACGCGUCCCUUUAGAGACGGAGCGCAAAGCUCUCAAGGUGCUGAGGAUUUGUGAGCAGAGGCAAAUGUCAGAACAAGUGCGGAGUAUCUGUAAGAUCAUGGCUAUGCGGGCUCUGAGGAACAAUAGACUGGGCUCUGCUCUCUCAUGGAGCAUAAGAGCCAAAGAUGCUGCCUUUGCCACCCUCAUUUCAGAGAGGUUCUUGCAGGAUUACUGUGCCAGAGGGACCUUCUCUGAUCUGGAUCUGAUUGAUAACUUGGGUCCAGCGAUGCUUCUCAGCGACAGGCUCACUUUUCUCGGAAAGUACCGUGAAUUUCACAAGCUAUACGGAGAGAAGCGUUUCAGGGAGGCAGCAAAGCUGCUCCUUUCCCUCAUGACGGCCAAGAUUGCUCCCCAAAGCUUCUGGAUGACUCUGCUGACCGAUGCCCUCCCACUGCUGGAGCAGAAAGAGGUGAUCUUCACAGCAGAUCAAACCUAUGAGCUGAUGCUCUGUUUAGAGGAGCUCACCUCCUCGCUGAACACCACAGCUUCCAGCACAGCUUCCAGCACAGACAGGCCCAUGCAGGAGGAGGAUGUAGAGGUGACCAAAGUGGAGCUCCUGAGACUCGCUCUGGCCAGGAAUCUGGCUCAGGCGAUAGUCAAAGAGGGAACAGUGGAAACAUGAAAGUGUGACUUUAACAAAAAGGCUCUUCCUUUUGCAUUUUUGUACUGUAUAUAAAAAAUAAUCAAAAUGUGCUCUUUGAUAAUAAAAU